AAGAACACCCCAACAAUGGCUCUCACAAAAAUCAACUUAAUACUCCUCUCCCUCUUAGCUUUCUACUCUGAAACCGUCAAAUCUCAAAACUGCAAUUGCGCCCCAAACCUAUGUUGCAGUCAGUUCGAUUAUUGCGGCACCACUGCUGAUCACUGUGGUCCAACAUGCCGAUCAGGUCCUUGUAGAGGCGGUGGACCCCCAACCGGUGCAGAUUUGAUUGGUAGCAUUGUGACACAAAGUUUCUUUAACAACAUUAUCAACCAAGCCGGUAAUAACUGCGCCGGAAAAAGAUUUUACACCCGUGACUCUUUCAUUAACGCCACCAAUACUUUCCCCAACUUUGCUAAUACCGUUACUAGGCGUGAAAUUGCUACCAUGUUUGCUCAUUUCACUUACGAGACGGGACACUUCUGCUACAUAGAAGAGAUAGGCGGAGCGUCACGUGCCAUGUGCGACCAGAGCAACAGGCAAUAUCCAUGUGUACCAGGCAAGAGCUACCAUGGUCGUGGUCCGCUCCUACUAUCAUGGAACUUCAACUACGGACCAUGCGGCCAAUAUCUCGGCCUCGACCUCCUACGCCAGCCCGAGCUGGUGAGCAGUAACCCAAUUGUGGCUUUCAGGGCGGCUCUGUGGUUUUGGAUGCAGAGCGUGAGGCCUGUGUUGAGCCAGGGAUUCGGAGCCACCGUAAGAGCCGUCAGCGGUUUGGAAUGUGACGGAAGGAACGUACGUGGGGUGAAUGCAAGGAUUGGGUACUAUAGGGACUACUGUGGACAGCUUGGUGUGGACCCUGGCUCCAACAUCACUUGCUAAAACGCUCUUAUCUUGUAGACAUACACGUGACGUGUUAAAAUGAAAUAAGAAGUGAUGUUAAUCUAAAGUUGUUAUUGUAGUAAUAUUGUGAAAUUAUAUCACGUUAUUCAAAGAUUAAUAAAAAAAGCAACUUAUACAAAGAAAAUGUUUGAUUCUUCACAUGUAUACCGAUGCGAUUAAGACUAACCGAUUUUGU